AUGGACUAUCACAAAACCAUUGCAGCUGCAGGAGGGAAGGAAAUGCUUAAAGAGGCUUUGAUCGAUGCCAUAUUGCAAGCAAUCCCAGCUCUGGGUGAUCGGAAGCGCAUUGAGAUCCCUAGCAUUUAUGAAGGAAGCAUCAAUGCUGCGAUUAGGAUUCAUCCCCCAACAGCAGACGGAGCGUCUUAUCCAGACGGGUCGGACAAUCUACGGCAGCUUACAGCAGCUGAAGUUCUCCUGGCACUUCAAGAACAACUCGCAGAGCCAUUGUCGUCCCUCAGAACUGGGCCAUUCGGAGAGUACGCCUCCUACACUACGAUUGAAAGGUACACGUUCUUCGACCGUUCAGCAGCGAAGCAAAAGUUUGAACUGCUUGCAUUCCUGACUGAUUGGUUGCCUGAGUGGCUGACAGAUGCAGUUCCGAAGGAGCUGAUUGCAGCAGUGGAGAUACUGGUCAACAAGGCGACAGUCUGCUGCGCUUCUCUUGAGCAGACGCUUUUGACUCAGCCAUGGUUUUUCCACGCGCUCAGCCACACCAACGGUUGGUAUUUGCCCACAAGCAACAUGAUCAAGCAUCACCACCAUUUGUUUGAGAGCUGCUAG